AAAAUGCAUCUAUUAUUAUCAUCAUCAGCAGUUUAAUGUGAAAAAAGUGCCCCAGGUCCCAGGAACAAUUUUUCUAGUGGGGGUGCUGAGAACCACUGAGCCAAACUAAAUCCUGUAUAUAAUGGAAACUACUUUAAGCCAGGGGGUGUUGCAACCGGCAAACCUCCCACCCCCUAACUCCUAGAUCCAGCAACCUAUGCCUAAACCUGUAUGGGGCGAUGGAGAUAAAUGUCUAUGCACCAAGCGUCGCAGGAGCAUCAGAGGCUAUAGUAGAACAUCAGAGUUACAAACACCAGAGUUAUGAACUGACCAGUCAAUCUGCAUACCUCAUUUGGAGUUGGAAGUAUUCAGUCAGGCAGCAGCAAAGACAAAACAGAAUAAAUAAAAAAUGAAUCUACUAAAAAAAGAGGGAAAACUUAACUAAAAGACUUGACAAGCUUACUGGUCAAGGGCGAAUUUUGUGUCAUCCUCUGGCAGCUUAUUUGUGGCAUUGUAAUGUUGGGAAGGUCUGCACUGCUUACUGCUGUACAUGGAAGAAGAUUUCCAGCUAGAGACCUAUGUGCUUCUACUCAUUUCCCAAUGAAGUACAUCCUGGUCACCGGUGGUGUCAUAUCUGGCAUUGGCAAAGGAAUCAUUGCAAGCAGCAUUGGCACCAUAUUGAAAUCAUGUGGUCUACGAGUCACUGCAAUCAAAAUUGAUCCUUAUAUUAACAUAGAUGCUGGAACCUUCUCACCAUAUGAGCAUGGUGAAGUUUUUGUACUAAAUGAUGGUGGAGAAGUUGACUUAGAUUUGGGAAAUUAUGAAAGAUUCUUGGACAUUAACCUAUAUAAAGAUAACAACAUCACUACUGGAAAGAUUUAUCAACAUGUAAUCAAUAAAGAAAGACAUGGAGAUUAUUUGGGAAAAACAGUUCAAGUUGUUCCACAUAUUACUGAUGCUGUUCAAGAAUGGGUGAUGAAUCAGGCAAAGGUUCCUGUGGACGGUGACAAGAAAGAACCACAAAUAUGUGUCAUUGAGCUGGGUGGAACUAUCGGAGACAUUGAAGGAAUGCCAUUUGUUGAGGCAUUCAGACAGUUCCAGUUCAAGGCAAAAAGAGAAAACUUCUGCAAUAUCCAUGUUAGCCUUGUACCACAGCCUAAUGCUACUGGAGAACAGAAAACAAAACCUACACAGAACAGUGUUCGAGCGCUGAGAGGACUAGGAUUGUCUCCAGAUUUGAUAGUCUGCAGAAGUACAAAGCCUAUAGAAAUGGCUGUGAAGGAAAAGAUUUCCAUGUUUUGCCAUGUGGAACCUGAACAGGUGAUAUUUAUCCAUGAUGUUUCUUCCACCUACCGAGUGCCAAUCCUAUUGGAAGAACAAGGCAUUAUUAAAUAUUUUAAACAGCGAUUAAACCUACCUAUUGAUGACCAACCAAGUGAUCUUCUUUUCAAAUGGAAGAAAAUGGCCGACAGAUAUGAAAGGUUGCUGAAGAUGUGCUCCAUAGCCCUGGUUGGCAAGUAUACGAAACUAAGUGACUGCUACGCAUCUGUUUUCAAGGCCUUGGAACAUUCAGCUUUGGCAAUUAAUCACAAACUGAAUUUAACGUAUAUAGAUUCAAUAGAUCUUGAGCAUUCUACAGAGGUUGAGAACCCAGUGAAAUACCACCAAGCAUGGCAAAAAUUAUGCAAAGCAGAUGGCAUUUUGGUCCCAGGAGGGUUUGGAUUUAGGGGAACAGAAGGCAAACUCCGAGCAAUAUCUUGGGCAAGAAAAAAGAAAAAACCUUUUCUUGGAGUUUGCUUGGGGAUGCAGCUGGCAGUGGUGGAGUUUGCAAGAAACUGUUUAAAGUGGAAAGAUGCAAAUUCUACAGAAUUCGACCCAAACACAAAAUUCCCUGUGGUCAUUGACAUGCCUGAACACAAUCCUGGAGAUAUGGGAGGAACAAUGAGACUGGGGAAAAGGAGGACUAUUUUCAAAACAGAAGACUCUGUCUUAAGGAAACUUUAUGGUGAUGAAGAUUUUGUAGAGGAACGACACAGGCAUCGGUAUGAGGUAAAUCCAGAACUGACUGUCUGCUUUGAAGAGAAAGGUUUGAAAUUUGUUGGCCAAGACACAGAAGGGAAUAGAAUGGAGAUCAUUGAGCUAGAAAAUCACCCAUAUUUUGUUGGUGUCCAGUUCCACCCAGAGUUUUCCUCGAGACCUAUGAAGCCUUCACCUCCAUAUCUUGGUCUCUUGCUUGCAGCAACUGGGACACUCAGUGCACACUUGCAACGUGGAUGUAAACUGUCUCCAAGAAAGAAUGAUAGCUACAGUGACCUCAGUGAUGACAGUUCUCCAGAAAAACAACCUUCUGAUUCAGAAACAAGCUGAGCCCCUUGCACGAAGAGCAGAGAAUUGGAGAAUGCAACUGAG